CCCAUCUAUCCGUAUAUUAUCCCUCUCCUAUUCUAUAUAUCUUAUCCCUCUCCAAUCCUAAUUCUCGGAAAAGAAGAAGAAAAAGCAAGAAGGCGAAAGAUGUCACGCUGCUGCUCGCAGUGUGGUAGCAACGGCCACAACUCUCGCACCUGUGGAGGAGGGUCGUCGUCGGCGUCGGCCGCGGACGGUGGUGGUGGUUCCGAUUCCGGUUCCGGGCCUAUCAGUGAGUUCAUGCUGUUCGGGGUGAGAGUUAAAGUGGAUCCCAUGAGGAAAAGUGUGAGUAUGAAUAAUCUGUCCGACUACGAGCACCACCCCUCUAACGCUUCUACUAUUCAAAAAAAUUCUGUUCACGUUGAUGCGUCUGCGCCCAAGGCUGCCGAUGACGUCGCCGCCGGUUAUGCCUCCGCUGACGACGCCCUCCCCACCCAUCACUCUUCCACCGCCGCUAGGGAGCGUAAGCGAGGGGUUCCUUGGACUGAAGAGGAGCACAAGUUGUUUCUGUUAGGAUUGCAGAAGGUGGGAAAAGGGGAUUGGAGGGGUAUUUCCAGGAAUUUCGUCAAGACUCGCACCCCUACCCAAGUUGCCAGCCACGCCCAGAAGUACUUCCUCCGCAAAAGCAACCUCAAUCGCCGUCGCCGCCGAUCCAGCCUCUUUGACCUCACCCCUGACUCGGUCACUGGUGUGCCAAUGGAAGAGGGAGACGGUCAUCUAGAUGAAACAGCGAAUCCAGCCCUCCCUGCAACAUCAAUGCCUCCCAACGAAAACUCCAGCGUCAAUGGAUUUGCAGGAGCACCAUUCCCAGUCACAGUUGGUCCCAUUUUGGUACCAGUGCAGGUUCGGAAUCCUUUGUCAAGCAUGACCGUCUGCCAGGCUGAUGCUUUCGGUAAUGGAUCAGCUCUCGUCGUGCGGCCCGUCCCAGUUCCGGUGCCUAAUUAUGCCACAUCAACCGUCUUUAACUUGAACCAGCGAGUGGCAGCUGAAUCAGUAUCUCUGAGGCUGUCGCUGUCAUCAUCUGAUCAUCAGAGGCAGUCGUCUACAAGGCACCCAGCCUUCCAGAGGAUGCCAAGCUUCAAGAAUGGAGAUAGCAUUAUUACUGUUGCUUGAGGGACUGGGGCUAAAAUUCUGGAUUAUUUGCCUGCUGCUUUUGUUUGUUGUUGCUUGCUGGGGAUGGUGCUGCUUUCAAGUAAGCUGAGCGAGUGGUUUUGGCUUUCUUCAUGGAGAAGAAGAGAAAACAUCACAAAGUUUUCUUGGGUGUUGUUGCAUAAAUCAAUCUUCUCUUCUUUCCGGAUGCGAUUGGGAUAAGAGGAGAGAUUUCCGGGUGAAUGAUAUCUUGAAUGAAUCAAAUCAUGAAUGAAAGUGGAUGAUUGAUGGGGCGGUGGAUGAGUCAUCAUCGUUAACUUUGUACUGACAACAACAGUGGUUGGUAGGGCCGGUCGGUGGUGCUAUCGGAUAAUCUAUUCUGCGUUAUCCCAUCCGGGACGGGACUACCAUUUGCAGAAAGGGUCCACUAUAUCUGGCUUAUAAUUUAUAGUAUAUCUUUAAGAAAAGUAGAAAACUUGACAACUUAGAGCAAGUUAAAGUUGAUUUAUGGAGUUGGUCCCAAUGUGCCAAAGCAAAGCAUUUGGAGGAGCAGCAGACUUGCUUUGAUUUUUGUAUCAAUCAUCGAUCAUCUUCAAGCAUGAAAUGCAAGAAGCAAAGUUUCAGAAGGACGAAAAUGAUUGUACU